GAAGGCAUUGGCGAUCCAGUAGUGUGACUGCUGUCCCGUGGCUGCUUCGAACCCGUGGUGCUUGCGUCGGGGACUCGCUGAAAGCUCCGCGGCGGCGCGCCCGCAGGUGUCGCGAGCCGAGCCCUGCCCGGCCACGCCAUGCCGGCCUGGAGGCUGCUGGCGCCGGCCUGCGCCCAGGUGCUGGGCUGUGGCGCCAGAGGCCUAGGUGCUGCCCCGGGCUUAGGGAGUAGAACGAACACCUGGUUCUUUGUUAGAAAUCUCCAAAGCAAGAGCAGUACUUGGUGGGAUGAGCAUCUUUCUGAAGAAAAUGCCUCGUUUGUGAAGCAAUUGGUCUUUGAUGAAAAUAAAGCCCAAUUAGCAAGUAAACUGAAUCCCCUGAAAGAUGAACCGUGGCCUUUACAUCCUUGGGAACCAGGUUCUUCCAGAGUCGGUCUUAUCGCCCUCAAGCUCGGCAUGAUGCCUCUAUGGACCAAAGAUGGUCAAAAGCAUGCAGUCACAUUACUUCAGGUACAAGACUGUCAUGUGGUAAAAUACACUCCCAAAGAAAACUAUAAUGGAAAAACAGCAGCCCUGACUGUGGGUGGGAAAACCGUAUCACGCUUCUAUAAACCUGAUUCUAUAUUGGAAUUUUACCGAGAACUUGGAUUGCCACCAAAACAGACAAUUAAAAUCUUUCGUGUAACAGAUAAUGCUGUAAUUAAGCCAGGAACCCCUCUUUAUGCUGCUCACUUUCGUCCUGGACAGUAUGUGGAUGUCACCGCCAAAACUAUUGGUAAAGGUUUUCAGGGUGUCAUGAAAAGAUGGGGAUUUAAAGGCCAGCCUGCUUCUCACGGUCAAACGAAGACCCACAGGAGACCUGGAGCUAUUUCAACUGGAGAUGUUGCCAGAGUCUGGCCUGGAACCAAAAUGCCUGGGCAGAUGGGAAACCAGAGCAGGACAGUGUAUGGACUGAAAGUGUGGAGAGUGAACACCAAACACAACAUAAUCUACGUGAAUGGCUCUGUGCCUGGACACAAGAACUGCUUAGUAAAGAUCAAAGACUCUACACUGCCUGCAUAUAGGGAUCAUUGUAAAAGCCUGCCUUUCCCUACUUACUUUCCUGAUGGGGAUGAAGAAGAACUUCCAGAAGACUUGUAUGAUGAGAACGUGCUGCAGCCCAGCGCACCGUCUAUUACAUUUACCUGAUGUCACUGGCGGGGCAGAACUUUCUGUGCUGUGUGCACUUUGAUGAACCAGAACAGUAAUAGAACCAGGAAUCGAAUCCCUCUGCUUAGUUACGAUGCUAUGCUCUUGUUUUUAUCAAAGGACACAAAUGCAUCACUUACCCCUCACUUAAAUCUGAUUAGCAAAAUUACUACAUUAAAUAAACCAAUCACAUAGAUUGGAUUUUAAAAUUGACAGUUUACAAAGAACAAAUGUUUUGCCAUUUGUAGGCAUCAUUCUUUACACACAUUUCCCUUUAUCGUAAGGGUUUUUAAAAAAUGUAUAAACAACUUUUAUUUAAAAAUCUCUUAAAGUGUGGUUCUGAAACAUAGGACCUGGGGGGAGCCACAUUGCUACCUGUUGGAUCAAAGAAAUCAUUUCUUUAAAAGUGUGCCGUUCUUUUGGAGUUUAGAAACUUGAAGGGAGGAUUUUUUUUUUCUAUCUAAGUUACAGAAACCUGUAUGUUAAAAUGAGGACUGGGUGGGUACAUAGUCCCAUUCUGGCCUGCUCUCUGUGGGCAGGCCAGCGCUUGUCUCUGCUGCCGAGCACUGUAAGCAUGCAGGCGAGUCACUUCUUAGAACUCCUUGCCUUCUAAUUUGAGCUUGAACCUGACAUGCCAUUUCAGAGUUUUGUCUUGAAAUCAGAGAUCAGUUUUUGUAGCCAAACUACACUCCAGUUAGCCAUUCAUACCAACAUUUGUGCUGGUUAUAAGCGGUAAAAUAGGGAUAGUACUGAGCCUUAAGUAAUUCCAUAAGCCUCAGGAGGACCAGUUAGUGACCAGAGUGGUAUACACCUUAAUCCCAGCUCUGGAGGAGCUGAGGAAGGUUGUGGGCUUGAGUCGAGGGCCAGCUAGAGCUAUACAGCCAGACUGUCUAAUAAUAAAAAGGAAGCCAAUUGAUCAA